AUGUCUGAGUUAGAUGACAGUCUCAAUCAAGCUGCGUCAUCGCUGUUCUCGGAUGAGUCCUUGCGAUUACCGUUUAUAACUGCAGCAAAGCAUCUGGAUGAUUGGUUUAUCAUCAUCGACGGUCUGGACGAGAUCGAUGGCGGAAGAUAUGUUGGAAUACUAGAAUUCCUUCGUGAAGUUUUUGAUCAGCUUCCAGAAGCCCACCGAAUCAAGCUUCUUUUGUCUUCCCGGGAAACAUGCUCAAAUCAUAUCGACCGUAUUCUACCUCAGACCACACGCCUUCGUACAGGGUUAGGGCCAACAAGUUCAGAUAUUAAGUUAUAUGCCGAGGACCUCAUCAGGAGCAAGAUAGCAACAAAUGAUCUCAUAGUCAGUGACGCCGAUCUAGUGGAGGAGAUCAUCACGGUUAUACACCGAAAGGAAGGGGGAAUGUUCUUAUGGGCUUUUCUUACGAUUGAAGAUAUUUGCUCUCGAAAGUCCGACAAGGAUGUAAGACAGGCACUGGAAGAUAUCCCAGCCGACCUUCCGGCCGCAUUUGACCGCACCCUGGGCCGCAUAGCAGCAAUGAAAAAUAACAGAGCGAUUGUUGAGAAAACAUUCACUCUGGUCCAGGCAUCGUUCGAGCCGCUGACCUUGAGUCAACUUCGCGAGGCUCUUGCGGUCGAGAUAGGACAACAUACCUUGGACAACGAUGAUCUUAUAAGUGGAAUAGAUCGUUUGCCCACGUGGUGCCAGAAUCUCAUCUGUGUGGAAGAUUCAGGUACCGUCCACUUUAGCCACCAUUCCAUUCAGCAGUAUCUUCUGAGCCCAGAUUCGGGCGAGUUCAGAGACUUUCAUCUCAAUGCAGAAGAAUGUGACAGCUUCAUGGGUGAGCUGUGCGUCACAUACAUCAGUCUUGAUAACUUCCAAAGGGCAGUGGUGCCCGCGAAGAGCUCUGCGGACUAUUUACAUAUGGAUAUCCAUAUUGGCGGUGUCGCUGAGCAGACAAUGCGAACUGCAGUUGGAGGUAGUCUCGGGUCUUUCGUUGGACGACUCACACGUGAGGCUGUUCUGUCUUCACAGUCACGCAAACAUCCUUCUGUCAAGGUCCAAUGGAACGACUCUACACUCUCGUCUAGCCCCGGGCGUAAUUUUGGUCCUGCUCAGAGCACCGAAGGGUAUUCAUUUUUUCAAUAUGUAUCCGAUCACUGGUAUCGACAUCGUCUUUCGAUCAAUUCGGAUGAUAAUGAGGCUACAUGGAGACUAUUGGGCCAAAUUCUUCAAAAGCCACAUCAAUACUCCCAGGGCGAGCCUUGGUUCCAAUCGGCCUGGAUAGAACGUGUCAGUAAGAUCACUGGCAACGAUGUCGACUUCUUUGACCUCGAAUUCUCCCCAUAUCGGAUAGUCUCUGUACCGCGACUGGCAAUGGAGGUCUGGCUUGCCGUGUGCUGA